CGCGCCCAAUCGAUUCAGCUGUCAAUUUUUUAAUAGUGCACUGCUUUCCUUCAUGCGGUGCAGGUAUAUGUAAUUGGAAGUGGUUAAAAUAAAAAAUUUUUUUUAAUUUUAAUAUUUGCUGUAUCAUAAUCAAUUAGAAAGAUGUGGAAAUUAGUAGCUCGCGGUAUUCGUGAAACUUUGGAACGCCGUGCAUGUCGUACAAACGUUUAUUAUCAAACGUCUCAAGAACCUAAUACAAAAAAUGAGGUUAAAACUAGUUUAACAUGUAAUCAUAAGUUCUUACCACCAACUUUCUCUGUUUUUAAUAAAGAAUUUUUUGGUUCGACAAAAACAAGUGGUACCAAGGACAAAGAUCAUGAUUCCAAAUGGAAUACAAAAUAUACUUGGUCAGAAGCCAUAGGAGUGACAAGUGCAUUGGCUCUUGGAUGGGUGGUAUGCCAAACAUUAUGCCUUCGCAGAUUUUUUGAGAAAAAGAAAACUGAUUCCUUAAAAAAUAAACUAUUACAAGUUCCACAUACUUCUUACUUAAUUGAUCAAGUACGAAAUUUAAGGCCAAAACUUUUACCUAUUAUUAAUUGUAUUGGUAAUAAUAAAAUAUAUGCCCAAGAAAAUGAUGAAGCAGAAUGGAAAUCAGAAAAACCAUUUGGACCUAUUACCAUUGAAGAGGCGUUGAAAGAAGCUACCGAGAAAUUUGCCAAUACCCAUAAAUUAGCUGUAGCUGAAUUUGAACUUCACUAUGGCUUGAAAGCUUUAGAAGAGAAACGUUAUAAAGAUGCUAUAAAACAUUUUACUAUCGGUGCAAGUCUAUCAUCUGCUGCUAGUAUGUUCAAUUUAGGUCUGUGUCAUGAAUUAGGACUUGGAACAUUAGUUGAUCACAGACAGGCUGCAAAAUAUUAUAACGAUGCAGCAAAACAAGGUCAUGCAGAUGCUACAUAUAAUUUGGGAGUUUUUUAUGCUCAAGGCAGAGGUGACUUUACAGUAGACAUUGAUAAAGCUCGUAAUUAUUUUAUUAAAGCAGCAAAGUUAGGACAAAGCCAAGCUCAGCAUGCAUUAGAAUUAGAGAAACAUUAUCAAGUUAAACAAAAAGAAAUUGAUACAAUUCUUCCGGAUGAACAUAAAGGUAUUUUACAGUAUAUGCGAAAUCAGAAUAUGAAUCAUAUUCUGAAAAAGCUGAUUAAUUACAAUAAUGUAUCACAAUCGGAAACAGAAUGCAUGGUAAAAUGUAAAAAUACUGUAGAAUUAGUUUUAAAUAUGUUUGGAUUAAGUAAAUCAAAUCUAUUACCUGUCUCUGUGGAAUCAAAUAAUUGUAGUAUGUCAUGUUAAAGUAUAGUAGAAUUAUUGAAAAUGAAAACGUAAAACUGUUGAAGUGAGAUAUUAUGUUUCUUGUAUAUGAGAUAUACAAUAGAAUUUUUUAUAAUGUUUACGUCAAUUAUAUUAUAAAUUAUUAAGAUAAAAAAUAAAAAUUGAAAUUACAAAUAUGACAGGAUCUAUUU